AACAAGAAGAUACUGGGGUGGGAGGAGGUCAUGCUGGGCUAUAGGAUUUCUAUCACCUUUUCAAACAUACCUAUCCCAGGCUUGGCAUUAUCGUGACCAGCAACCUACCUUUGUCUGCCCAGAGCAGAAGCUGGGACCGCAGCAGUCUCCAGAGAAAGUUGGGGCCCAGGAAUGGGGGCAGGAGGAACACACAUACUUCCCCCUGGGGGAUAAGACUCCUCCCGUUAACCAUUACCUCACUGCUCCUAAGGCAGUGUCUUUAAGGAGGCGGGACGUGGCAGGUUAGGUGGGAGGGUCAGCUGUUUUUCAUGGACCUUGUCCCUACCCUGAGCACUGGGUCACUGAUCCAACUAUGGAAGCAGCUGCAGGUAGGAGACUGGGAGAAAUCCUCUGCUGGGGACUUGAGAGGGCAGUUGAGAGGGCAGAUUGGGAGGCCAAGGCUUUGGGACCAGGGUGUACUUGAUGUUGGGGCUUGGUGCCCGGAGGCAAAUAGAUGGUGAGUUAGAAGAGAAGAGGUGAGUGGAUAGGUCUGUCUUCCUGGUCCACGCCCUGUCCUGAUAUGCUCAGAUUUCUGUGGACUGGGAGGCAAAGGGAAGAGAGAAGAAGGGAAGGUCUUUCUGGAGCAGAAUGGAGGGGGCAAGUUCUAAAUUUGGGGGUUCGCCCAAGUCCUUUCAGUUAAUGACUGUGGAAGAGGAGUGGGGUGGGGAGGGAAUGCGCCCCUCCUCUCCUCAUCCCUUCUUUGCCCAGCAGAUCUUCAGGACACAGCCUCGUUAACUCUGUAAGUGCCAUGCUGGGAAGGAUUGGGGCAAGGGGCGGAGGAGAUCCAAGGUGGGGAAGGCCUUCAUUCGCACCUCAAGUAGAGACCGGGACCAGAGUCCGGAUGUCAGCUUGCUCCUACCUGUGUCCCUUGCCUCCUUGCAGGAAGUUUGAGUUUAACCCAAAGCAGGGCAUUGAUAAUCCUGUCCUCUCUCUGGCUGAAGACCUUGACCCCUCCGGUAACCCCCUCGCCCUGGGCAACCAUUCCCUUUCCCCAGAGAUACCACAGCUCCUCACCGGCCUCCCGUCUCCUUGGUAACCACUCCACUCGGCCUCCCUCUGAUAGCGGCCUGGUGGGGAGUAACUGUGUGGAGAUCUCUGGAGCCUGGAGCGGCCUCGCUUCUGUCUGCUGAGCAAAGAGGAGGGCAGGAGUUUUGGCUUCCACCUGAGACAGGAGCUGGGCAAGGCUAUGCCCGUGGUGUGCAGGGUGGAGCCAGGCACAUCUGCCCAGCGCCAGGGUCUUCGGGAAGGGGACCGGAUCCUAGGGGUGAACGACCACGUUGUGGAAUGUGAAGACUAUGCUGUGGUGGUGCGCCGUAUCCGGGCCAGCGGUCCUCGGGUGUUGCUGACAGUUUUGGCGCAGCACGUGUAUGACAUGCUUCAAGCUCGGCAGGGGAACAGUGCCCACCUGUCUCCUACUCUCGGCCCAGGGGUCCGGCCCCGACUGUGUCACAUAGUGAAAGAUGAGGGCGGCUUUGGCUUCAGUGUCACCUACAGUUAUCAGGCUCCUUUCUGGUUGGUGCUGAGCACUGGAGGAGCAGCUGAGCGGGCCGGGGUGCCUCCUGGGGCCCGACUGCUAGAAGUGAAUGGGGUCAGCGUGGAGAAGUUCACUUAUAACCAACUCGGCAGGAAGCUUUGGCAGAGUGGAGAGCAAGUGACCCUGCUGGUGGCCGGGCCGGAGGUGGAGGAACAGUGUCGCCAGCUGGGAAUGCCCCUGGCUGCGCCCUUAGCGGAGGGCUGGGCACUGCCCACCAAGCCGCGCUCUCUGCACCUACAGAAGGGGCCCCGGGGCUUUGGGUUCCUGCUUCGGGAGGAGAAAGGUCUUGACGGCCAACCCGGACAGUUCCUGUGGGAGGUGGACCCAGGACUGCCAGCUGAGAAAGCCGGGAUGCAGGCUGGGGACCGGCUGGUGGCUGUGGCUGGGGAAAGUGUGGAGGGGCUGGGCCACGAGGAGACAGUGUCCAGGAUCCGCGCACAGGGCUCUUCUGUUUCCCUCACUGUUGUCGACCGUAAGGCUGACCGCUUCUUCAGCAUGGUUCGCUUGUCCCCACUUCUCUUCUUGGAGAGCACAGAGGCUCCUGCCUCUCCCCAGGAAAACUGCCCGGCCUCUCUGGUUGAAACCAAGGACCUACCAGUUGAAGACACAGCCACGCCUAUUGUCCCGUGUGGCUCCCGCCAGUGCUUCCUGUACCCUGGGCCUGGCGGUGGCUACGGCUUCCGGCUUACCUGUGUGGCCAGUGAGCCUCGUCUCUUCGUCUCCCAGGUGACCCUAGGAGGCUCAGCUGCCCGGGCGGGGCUGCAAACAGGAGACGUGAUUCUGGAGGUGAAUGGGUAUCCCAUGGGUGGAGAGAAUGACCUGGAAAAGCUUCAGCAGCUGGUUGAGGCUGAGCCACCCCUCUGCCUGAAGCUGGCCGCCAGGUCCUGCCGGGGCUUCGAAGCCUGCGAUCGCCCAGGGUUUGGAGAGGACGGGGCUCUAGCCUCAGAGCUGCUGUAGUCCUCCUCUGCUGGACACAGAUCUGCCCAGUGGCCUUUCCGUCUUCACUCUCCGGCCAGUGAUGGUAGGAGCUGAGAAGCUCUCUUUAAGCCAGAACUGCAGCUCUAGGAUUCCGGACACCCCCAAUUACAGGAUUGCCCAAGGUCUCCCUCCCUUCCUCCCAGAAGAGGGUGUGGCCAGAGGCCUCCGGCAGGCCCACUAGGGGGCCUAGGAGCAUCGGGUUGUGUCCCUGGGAUGAACUUCCCAACCGAAAACGAAGAAUGGUGUGAUUUCGUGAUUUGUAAUAAAUUAGACCCUUUCCCAGCACAGAGCUCCUAAAACCCUUGGAAUUUCCGAAGUAGUAAGAUGACAAAGGUGUCUUCUGUUACUCGUAACAAGCCCCUUUCAACUACAUCUGACUUUAUUAAUUAAGGAAGUGAUUUUUGGAAAGCACCUAAGGUUGGGGGACUGGUUGCCAGGGGAACCUACCACGUGAUCAGAGAGGGUUGGAACUUUCAGCCCCGCCCCGCCCCACCCCCACCCUGGACCUCCCGGGAGGGGAGAGGCACUGGAGGUUGAAUUAAUCACCAAUGACCAAUGGUUUCACUGCUCGUGCCUCCCUAGUGAAGCCUCCAUAAAAAAAACCCCCAAAAGGACGGGGUUCAGGGAGCCUGGAGGUGCUAGCCGGGUGGUGUACCCAGAGGGGGCAUGGAGCUCCCACGCUCAUGCCUUGUCCCGUUCCUACUUUCAUCUGGCCGUUCCUGACUUGUGUCCUUUAUAAAAAACCGGCAAUCUAGCGAUUAAAAGGUUUCUCUUGA